GCUGUGAACUGAGUCUUUUAUAUUAUGCUCGCGGCGUCAAAAGAUGAAGUGCACCUUAGCGAAAAGGAUAAAAAGGAACAGAUUCAUUGCAGUUGGACUGUUGAUGUUAACGUUUGUAAUCUGGAAAUAUCGUGCAACCUCAGGAAAAUACGGAAAUUUAGGUGAAGUAGACAUCAACGAGAGGAUUUUUAAAAAUCUUACUUUUUUCGCAGUUGAGAACGCAAGAAUAAUAAAAAAGAGUUUUGGGAGCCACAUUUUGAUCAGAUUUGCCAAUUCAUUGAAUAAGAAAGGUGCCGACACUCAGGUGAUAUUGACUGUCACCAAUGCAAUGUUACCGAAGAAAAUUGUGUUUGAAAACGUGCUCUCAAAUGAAUAUCCGACGAAAGAGAGAACACGUACAACGAGAAGAUAUGUUCGGGUAUACGCUGGAAACGACGAAAAAAUAACAAUGAGCAUUCGGUCAUUGAUCACGUUGUCAGGUGUAGCCAAAAUUGGUGGGAGAAAAGUCGUGGCACCAAGGGUACAAGAUACCUUUUUUGGGCCCAAUUACCGUUACCCUCUAAAAAUGUAUUUUAACACAAGUCACUUCAACAAUAUUCUUGCACUGAGUGAUUACGCAACUUUGGUCAGCGGGAAAGAAUACGAUACUGAAUGCUCAUUGGGUAACGCAAGUCACGUGUUUGUUUACUUUAUGUAUAAAAAAAAUGACGAACGAACAAAAAAUAUGCUGCAUGUUAGUCAGAUGAAAUACAACGCCAUUAAAAAGUUAACGAAUGAAGUUGGUUGGGUUAAAUGCCCAGCUCCCAAAGGCCUCAUCAACGGAAAAUCGAAGUCAAAAUAUUUUUGCGUCAGUGUAAAAAAGGUAACAGAUUGGUCUGUGUUGGAGGAAGGAGUCAUUAAAGGUGCGAAAUGCUUAACUCUCUCAAUGUGGCGUGGCAUUGGAGGUAGUUAUAGAACAAACUUUACUAAAAAACAUCUUAAAGUUGCUACUAGGGACGUUCAAUUCGCUAUCAAACCAUCAGAAAGUAUAUUAAGUGAAGCUGAAAAGUUUCAGUGGCGUAAGUUAGAUGGCCAUUACAUAGGUGUACAUAUACGUGGUGGGAAAGUUUAUGAAUCACAUGGUUUUCCCCGAUUGAAAAGCUGCCUGCGCGUACUGGUUGAACUCUUAACAGUUCUCAAAUGUAUAACGCGUAUUCCUCGAGUGCUGAUAGCAUCUGAUAUGACAAUAUCUAGUUCUGAUGCCUGGAGAUUAAAAGGGCAUAAGAAUCAUCGACAAAUUCAUCAUCUUCAUCGUUCCCUUAUAUCAAGUACCGGUGCUGUUGAGUACGAGCCAACCGCUGAAAAUGUUGAUCGUGGGGUAAUUGCAUUGGUGGAUAUGACUUUGUUGUCCCAUGCGCAGCAUCUAAUAACGGUCGGCAAAGGUUCGUUCCAGGAAUGGAUUAGGAUCAAAUUCUUAGAACGCCAUCGUGAUGAUCUAAGUCGAACAUGGUCGCAUAUUUCGCUCUGUUCUGAUGAAGAAUAAAAAUAUUUUCAAGAUGAGCUCGAGACAAUAUGAUUUUGACAGCCUUGAAAUCGUGCGUGAAAAUAUACUUCCAACGGCCAUACAGGAAAAAUGGAGCCUACGCCAAGAAAGUUUACUGCCCAUUUCAAUGUAUUUUAGCAUAAUUACCUUCGUCAUUCUGGCCCUAUAAAGCGUAGGAAGAUUUCUUCACUCCAUCUUUUUUAACAUCUUAUAUGUUUUCUCAAUGCAAAAAAGUGAUUUAAGACCUUUUUAUUUAUGCAUGCAUGUCUGUAUGACCAGUGGCAGUCCAGGGUGAGUCAGAAUAAAUUACUACAGCUCUAACUUGCAAUCAUAUUGAUAGAUUUUUACCAAAAACGUUGUUAUUAUAGUAUUUUAAAGUUGAAAUUAGGCUGUGUAAUUUAUUCUGACUCACCCUUAGACUCCGUUUACACUAGAACGAAAGUUUCCGGAUUUGUAAAAUUAUCCGGAUUCAUUGUUACACACAUGUAUCGGAUUCGUCAGGUGUUUACACUACACUUUAGUUGUCUCUGAAUGCGGAUUUGUCCGUUUAGAGUUUAGACUCACAUUAUUUGUUCUUGGAGAAUUGUUUGGUCGUCACGUUUGAAUUUCUUCGGAUUCGUCGUGCAAAGCGUUUACACAAGAAAAUUUUCCGGAUUCAAAUGUUUCUGGAUACGAAGUUUCCACAAACUUUUACGGAUUCAAAGUUUCCGGAUACGGCUUAAAACCGAGUACAUUUUCUAUCGGAUUCGUUGUUGCGUGUGUAAACAGCAACUUAAUCCGCCAGUGCAUGUGUAUGCCUAAAAAAUGAAAAAGUAAACUUUUUUGACGUAGUGUUUGAAUCCUCUAUAGUUUACUGAUACGACUGAUCGAUACGACAGAGUUU